AUGAAGCUCAAGAUCGUCUCCCGCUCCGGCCGCCCCGUCGUCGCGGACGGCAUCGUCGUCCCGAACGACGCGAAAGUGAGCGACCUGAAGCGCUCGCUCCACGCGCUCAAGAAGAAGCUGUACCCGAGCCGACAGCGCUUCACGACCUCGCCCGCCCCGGGUGAGAGCCGUGGGAUCGUUCUCGUGGACGACAAGUCGCUGAACGAUUACGGUUUGGAGGACGGAGACACGAUCGUGUUCAAGGAUUUGGGCCCGCAGGUGAGCUACAAAGCCGUCUUCUUCUUCGAGUACCUCGGACCGCUCCUGGCGUACCUGCCGUUUUACUUCAUGCGACGGGAGAUUUAUGGUGGGAUUUUCGGAAUUAAGAACGCGGGUAAAGCGCCAUUGGAGGCGCAGACGCUGGCGAUGUACUUUCAUACGGCGCACUACGUGAAGCGGAUUCUGGAGACAUUCUUCGUGCACAAGUUCUCGCACGCGACGAUGCCGAUUUUUAAUCUGGUGAGGAAUUGCAGUUACUACUGGACAUUCGGUGCGUUCAUGUCGUACUUCAUCAAUCACCCGGCGUACACGCCGGUCGGUCGAACGCAAAUGCUGGCUGGUUUCGCAUUCAGCGCCGUGAUGCAGUUGAGCAACCUGCGAUGCCACGUCAUCCUCGCCAACCUUCGUAAGGAUGGCCAGAAGGGUUACGUGAUCCCGAGUGGAUUCUUGUUCAACUACGUCACGUGCGCGAACUACGCGACGGAGAUCUACCAAUGGUUGGGUUUUAACAUUGCAACGCAGAGCGUGAUGGGCUACACUUUCAUGUGCUGUGGCGCAGCGCAGAUGAUGCAGUGGGCCAUCGCCAAGCACGCGAGAUUGCGCAAGCUCUUCGAUGGUAAGGACGGUCGACCGAAGUUCCGCCGCGCGUUUAUCUUGCUUCCGCCGUUCUUCUAG